AUGAGUAGCCCGCGCCGCAGAAUCGAGACUGAUGUCAUGAAGUACGGUGUCGCUGUUCCGCUCAUGAGCGACUAUGAAGUCACGCUUGUGAACGACAACAAGUUUUACGUCCGCUUCAAGGGCCCCACGGAGACACCCUUCGAAGGCGGCAACUGGAAAGUUCACGUUGAGCUCCCCGACAACUACCCCUACAAAUCUCCAAGCAUCGGCUUCGUCAACCGAAUCUUCCAUCCCAAUAUCGACGAGCUGUCGGGCUCCGUGUGCCUGGACGUCAUCAACCAGACCUGGUCGCCAAUGUUCGAUAUGAUCAACAUCUUCGAGGUCUUCCUCCCUCAGCUUCUGCGAUACCCGAACCCCACCGAUCCACUCAACGGCGAGGCGGCCGCCCUGAUGAUCAGGGAGCCCAAGAGCUACGACGUCAAGGUCAAGGAAUACGUGCAAAAGUAUGCGAGCAAGGACGCCGCAAACGAGGCUGGCGCAGAAAGCGAAGACGAUGACGACAUGUCUUCGGUAGGCAGCUUCGGCGAUGACGACGACGACCAGCCCGCUGGUAGGAUGGAUGUUUGA